UUGUUAAUUCAUUUUAAGGUUGAAAUCUCCAGUGGCAGUGUAACAGUACUAGUGGUUUAACUUCAUCAUGUUGUUUCAGAUUUCUUUCUUUCUUAUCUCUGUUUGUGCAGGUGCGGAUGCACAACUGCUUGAGAGAUUCAUUAAACUUACUUUUGGUGUCUCAAAAGCAGCGUACUUACCUCUUGAAAGCGGCAGAUAUCUACAAAAUGGUCAAAUCAUGGAGAACCCUAAAUUUUCAGCGACCAAUGACAAUCCCAAAUACGAUAAACCAGCUUGCAGUAUUGGCAGCUGGACAGGAAAAUACUAUGAAGUCAAGGAGACCGAGGUCGUGAUGUUCAAAAGCAUUCACCAGAAGUUGGUAGUUUUUGGAUUUCGUGGGACAGACCAUGGCGAAGACUGGGGCAAAAACCUUGAUAGCAAAAUUGUGACAGAAACCAUUCCUGGGACAGAGGAAUCAUUCCCAAUACACAAAGGAUUCUUAGAACGUUAUCACUUUAUAUCUUCAUGGUUUGAAAAAGAAUACAGUCAAGUUCCGAAAGAUUACAGAAUUUUGCUAACAGGUCACAGUCUUGGUGGUGCAGAAACAACCAUUGCGGCAUUAUUUGCAACUAAAAAACUAAAUAGAAAACCAGACGGGGUGUAUACGUAUGGAUCUCCAAAGGUUGGCCCAAGCCUGUUCAAACAGUACUAUGAGCAAAACGUUGGUUGUGAUCGCACCAUGAGGAUAAUUGUAAAAUUUGACAGCGCCCCAAGUUUCCCGUUUAAUCCCGAGUACACUCGUGUCUGUCCGGAUUUUGAAGUCCAGGGAAAAUUCUCCGUGAACCCGUUGUACUUUCAUAAGUUAUAUGGUGGUUAUGAGGAUGGAAUAAAGAGAAGAUAUCGAGACGAUAUGAACAAAAUUAACAUUGGUUGUGAUUAAAAAAUCAAUAAUAACUGAAGAAUUAGUAUUUACACGUAGAGUAAUGAAAUAUGUAUUUGAAAUGAAAUGUUCAAAUAAAACGUGUGAAAUU